AUUCUAAUAGUGAUAGCAGCAGUGAUAGCGUUAUUUAACAUUUUUGAUUGGUUAUCUGAUAGACCUGAAAACGAUAAAAUAACGAUAGAUUCUGAAAAUUUUACUUCUUACUCGAUAACCGCAAAGAUGUCGUCUGAACCUACAGAACGCACCUAUAUCAUGGUUAAGCCCGAUGGCGUUGAACGUGGUUUAGUUGGAGAGAUUAUUAAACGUUUUGAAAACAAGGGGUAUAAACUUGUGGCUCUCCAACUUCUUCCG